AUGGCGGGGGCCAUCUUUAAGUCGUUCUCCCAGAUCAUCGUGGACGAAGGGGACAACCUUGACACUCAGGGGAGCUGUGCUCUGUUCUGCUGUCUCUACAAGUCCUGGUGUCACAGUCCCAUAGCAACCAUCUCCCUCUGUUAUCUGACCCAGAACUAUCACCAUGCCAGCGACCUUCUACAGACCUUUGGGGAUCUAGAAAUCACUGUGGACUUUCUAAAGGAAAUAGACAAACUAGUGCAACUCAUUGAAUCUCCCAUAUUUGCAUAUUUACGCCUGCAGCUGUUGGAUGUCCAACACAACCAGGACCUGAUCCGUUCCCUGUACGGCCUGUUAAUGCUGCUGCCACAGUCCGAGGCAUUCAAACUUCUCCGAUUCCGUCUGGACUGUAUACCCCAUUACCAGCUUCUAGCCAUGAAAGAAAAACCACAGUCCAGCAAGGACCCACGGCCUCUCGUCUCCAAAAUCAACUUCAAGGAGCUUCAUCAGCACUUUCUGCAGGUCCAGGCGCGACAUCGCGAGGCUCGGAACAAAAAGAUGAUCAAGGCGGCCACGUGAGGGGGUCAUACGAGUCUGCCGACAUAUCAUCCUCACUGACCAAAGGAAGCAAUCCAUGUGUCUUUUAGAAAGAAAGGGAGGGGUGUUUUAUAUGGACUGGCAUGGUUUCUUUCCAUAUAGAGGGGUCUCUUUGAUAAGCAUUAAUAUACAGAGGGGUGCCCUUAUUAUGGAUCAAUUGCGGGAUACGCUAGUCGAAUAUAAUCAUUAAAUGAAUUUUUGAAACUGUACGUUUAGUGCUAUUUUUGCCCGUAACCAUUAAAAGAAUCACUAUUUUAAAUUUGCUUUAUACUGAGGAAUGGGGCAAAUUAAAGUAAUAUAGUGCAAAAAUGUUCUUGCUUAAAUUUAAUGACAGUAAAUUAUAGUUAAUUAUAGUAAACAAUAUUAUAUAUGAGAUUUAUAUUCAUAAAAUUUACCGGCAUAAAACUACAAUUUUAUUUUAUUUUAAUGAACUUGAACUGAAUCUAAUAGUAUAUUAACUUGAACAUGUGUCAAUCGAAUAGUAUUGUGAAAUCUUAAACAAACCUAAAAGUCCGAGACUGUUACGUGGAAGGAUUGUCGAGUCGGAGUUAACCCUGUGCAAUAUUUAUUUUAUGAAUGAGCAGAACAUGCUAUAUAUGUUUCACACUGUAGUGCUGUAAAGAUGUCGAUUGUAGAGUUAUAAUCACAAGACUAGCUAACUAUUGUAUCAUUAUGUAUGGAUGGAUUGUAAAGAUGUCGAUCGUAGAGUUAUAAUCACAUGACAAGCUAACUAUUGUAUCAUUAUGUAUGGAUGGAUUGUAAAGAUGUUUGUAAAUUAAAUCAUGGUCACUGAGUGACACAUAUACACAGAAGUUUCUGACCAGUCCUCAGAAAUUAUUUAGAAGCAUUAAUUUUUUAAUUUUCACCAUGUAAUUUUUAAACAAAAUUGUUUCCUGUGUCUGUAUGAAACAAUACCUUAGGCUAGCAAAUACAAAUGACAUACAAGCUUUUAUUUUUUGGUGUGAUUUUUUUUUCUGUUAAUAAUUAUCUUUUAUAAAAAAUUUGUGUUCUGAAUUUUUGCAGAAAAGAAGCAAAUAUUGAUGUUUAAUUGAUUUGCAAUAAAAACCUUUGUCCAGCAGUUACAUGUAUGCAAUGAUCACAUGAUGUACUGCCCACUGAGUUGAUUUGGUUAUUUUACGUAGGGCUUCGAGUUCUGGUUGUAUUUGUGGUGAUAGCAAUCAUUCCAAACAGACUGUCUAGCCAAAUAUAGGCUCUCUGGUGCAUGACGUCUAUACACAAUCAUUAUUAUUGUUAUUUUGAAUAUUUUCUUAUACCUUUGUUAUAAAAUUUUC